GUCAGAAUUCAUCUUAAUCUGUUCUACGUGUAAUAUGGGAGUUUGUAAAUAAUAAGAAGAUUAUUUUUUUCUUGCUACAUUUUGUAUAAUUUUAUGAAAUGUCUCGUCAUCGAGACGUACGGUCUAUGAAUUACUCUGAAGAGUAUGAAGGUUAUGAUGAUGUCUAUGGGCAUUCUGUGGAAGAUGAUUUCUGUGUAUCUCCCAGUGUGGAGCAAUUCUUAUUUGAUCGAAGCAAGCAACAAAAUAUGGCAUCCUUUAUUACGGAGCCAGAUAUAGAAGAAGAUAACGAGGAUGGCAUAGAACCUACAACACCUAACGAAGAAGACAUAAUACUCACAGAAUUAGAAAAGACUAAGCUUAUAUCAUGUAUGGAAUCUAUCAAGAACAUUAUAGGAGAUGCAGUAUCUGACACUGAAAUAAAGAAGAAAAUUAUUCAGUCAAAUUUUAAUGCAGAAGUAGCACUUGAUUUACUUUUAAAAGAUUCUUCCCCAAAAAAUGAAUCACUUGCAAUCAACGAGGAUAAUGCAGAACACUAUCCAGAUGUUGCAUCUACUAAGCCUCAAUCUAGUUCAUUUAUUAUACCUAAAAUAUCAUUUAAAAGACAAAAUAAUAUUGAAGGUAAAAAGUUGUCAUCCAAAUCUCCAUUUCAAGUUACAACACCUUCCAAUGUGAAAAUUAUUCCUGCUGGAAAACGACCUGUUGUAAAGGGUUUCAAUUUAAGUGGAAUAGAGAAUACAGAUCAGUUGAAUUCUCACAUUGAAAGUCCCCGUUCUCAAAGUCCAUUUUCUGGUUAUAACAGUCCAGAAAUAAAAAGAAAAGAACAUAUUGCACCAAAGGAAAAAAAAGUAAUUUCUUCAACUACAAACAGCCCACAAUGUCAGUCCCCAGUCUUAGGGCACGUGACGCCCGACUUAGAUCCUAAAACGAAGCUUAGCGAAGAAAAGGUCGAUGCUUUGAAAAUAUAUAAAAGUAAAAGAGGGGAUAGCAAAGAACAAUUACAUCUUGUAGUGGUUGGACAUGUAGAUGCAGGUAAAAGUACUUUACUAGGACGACUUCUGUGCGACUUAGGACAAGUUCCAUCAAGAUUGAUUCAUAAAUAUCAACAAGAAAGUAAAAAGAUAGGAAAGCAAUCAUUUGCAUAUGCAUGGGUUCUUGACGAGACAGGGGAAGAACGAGAACGUGGGAUAACAAUGGAUAUUGGUCAUUCCAAAUUUGAAACAGAAACAAAAUGUAUUACUUUAUUAGAUGCACCUGGACAUAAGGACUUCAUACCAAACAUGAUUACUGGUGCCACUCAGGCAGAUGUGGCUUUAUUAGUAGUAGAUGCAACAAUAGGAGAAUUUGAAACUGGAUUUGAUAGUGGAGGUCAAACUAGAGAACAUGCACUAUUAUUACGUUCAUUAGGUGUAUCACAGUUAGCAGUGGUAGUAAACAAACUAGAUACGGUGGACUGGUCGAAAGAUAGAUUUAACGAAAUAGUUGACAAAUUGAGUGUAUUUUUGAAGCAAGUUGGAUUUAAAGAUAACGUUACUUUUGUCCCCUGUAGUGGUCUAUCUGGUGAAAAUAUUGUAUCAAAACCUAAAGAGUCUUUAUCUAAUUGGUAUACGGGACCAACAUUAGUCAGUGUUAUUGACAACUUUAAGUGUCCUGAUCGUCCUAUAAAUAAACCAUUCCGGUUUUCAGUUAAUGACAUAUUUAAAGGCACUGGAUCUGGAUUCUGUGUUUUUGGACAUGUAGAAACAGGCAUGGUGUCUUUGGGUGAUAAAGUUUUAGUGUCGCCAAGAUGUGAAAGUGCAGUAAUUAAAGGUCUACAAGUAGAUGAGGUGUCUAUAACAAAUGCAUUUGCUGGGGAUCAUGUUGCUUUAACAUUAUCAGGAAUUGACCAACAGAAUGUUGGAAUUGGAGACAUUAUAUGCAACGUCCAACACCCAGUUCCUAUAACAACAUCUUUCCAAGCACAUGUAGUCAUUUUUGCAGUUAAAAUUCCUGUAGUGAAAGGUCUUCCAGUAAUAAUGCAUCAACAAUCUCUAGUGCAACCUGCCGUGAUUACAAAAUUAGUAGCUCAACUUCACAGAACUACCGGUGAAAUAAUCAAAAAGAAGCCACGCUGUUUACCAAAAAAUUCAAGUGCUAUUGUCGAAAUUACAACGCAAAAUGCAGUCUGUAUGGAGUUAUACAAAGAUAUCAAACAAUUAGGUCGAGUUAUGCUGCGCGUAGAAGGAACAACUAUCGCUGCUGGACUCAUUACGAAAAUCAAAUAAUAAUACAAUAUUUGUAUUUGUUUCGCAUAUUCGGAGUCGUAAUUAUAGAGGAAAUUUUUGUCAUUCAUUUAGAACUAUGUAACUAUUGUAUUUACAUAUUGAUGAAACAAUACAAAAGUUAACAAAUGUAUCAUGUUCUUGUUAAUUUAUAUUAAUGUAUAUGUAACAUACAAGUUUAUUUGCUACAAAGCGCUUAGUUGUUUUCUUAGCAUAUAAUGUGUAACAUAUUUAUAAUGAUUUGUAACAUUUUUAACGUAAAAUUAAUGUUUAAUAAAAUCGUUCUUUGAAAA